AUGAGCAUCGAAAACACUGACUUGAGCACAAUUUUUAUGUGUAACAAAUGCACGAAGAGCUACCGUUUGAAACAUUCUUUAACCAGGCACAUGAAGUUCGAAUGCGGAAAGGAACCAAAAUAUACAUGUGAUUUAUGCCCCAGGAAAUUUAAACACAAGUACGAUUUAAAUGUUCAUAUCAAGGGAAAACAUAUCGGCAUCAAAAAGAGGUCCGGAGAUUUGCCUCAAAAAAUUCUGGCCAAGUUGUUGGCACUGGAAACAAAUAUGGCAAUUUUAUUGGGUCAAAAAAGCCUUAAUAAUGAAAUUUACCAACCAGAAAAAACACUACAGUCAGAAAUUAAAAUAAUGAAUACCACUGAUGAUCUUAAGGAAUUCGAUUUAAAACUUAAUAAUAAGGGGUAUUUUAAAACCAUGUUAAUAAAUUUAAGCUUAAUCGGAGGAAACAGUUUAAAUGAAACAAUAAGAAAUGUAAUGAAAAGGCUGCUGGCUCAUCGAUUACAGUUACAAUGUAACUGGACUGGAAAAUUGGGAAAACAUAAUUUUUCAUCUCAUAAAAAUUUAAAUAACUUAAUUGUUGAAACUGUAAGGCUCAAAUAUAAGGAAUCCACUGUGGUUGAAAUUGAAAAUACCAUUAAGACUUGGUUGAGGGGUGCUUUUGACAGAGGUGGUGGCCGCCAAAAAAGAGCCAAGGCAAAUUAAAUCUCUAGUUUUUAGAAAUAACUUUAAGUUUGUGGAAAUUUUAAAUAUACAUGCAUUAUA